GCGUCAGCUGGUCGGCGGCGGCGGCGGCGGCCGCCAUGGACUUUCUCCUGGGGAAUCCGUUCAGCUCCCCGGUGGGACAGCGGAUCGAAAAAGCUACCGAUGGAGCCCUCCAGGCCGAAGACUGGGCCCUCAACAUGGAGAUCUGCGACAUCAUCAACGAGACGGAGGAAGGUCCCAAAGAUGCCUUCCGAGCAGUGAAGAAGAGGAUCGUGGGGAAUAAAAAUUUCCACGAAGUGAUGCUGGCCCUCACGGUCUUGGAGACGUGCGUCAAAAACUGUGGUCACCGCUUCCACGUCCUGGUGGCCAGUCAAGACUUCGUCGAGGGCGUCCUGGUGAGGACCAUCCUACCUAAGAACAACCCACCCGCCGUAGUGCACGACAAGGUGUUGAAUCUGAUCCAGUCCUGGGCAGAUGCAUUUCGCAGCUCCCCAGACUUGACGGGAGUCGUCGCUGUCUACGAAGACCUUAGGAGGAAAGGCCUGGAGUUCCCCAUGACCGACCUGGACAUGCUCUCCCCCAUCCACACGCCGCAGAGGACUGUUUACAGCUCCGAUUCGCAGACCGGGCAGAACUCUCCAGUGAGUGACGCUCCUCAGAGGGGCGAUUCCCAGCUGCUCCCCGUUGCCCCUCUGCCACCGAUGCCUGUGCCUCAGGACGACACGCCCAUCCUGCCAACCCCGGAGCAGAUUGGGAAGCUGCGCAGCGAGCUGGAGGUGGUGAACGGAAACGUGAAGGUCAUGUCGGAGAUGCUAACGGAGCUGGUGCCGGGGCAGGCGGAGCCAGCGGACGUGGAGCUGCUCCAGGACCUGAACCGGACGUGUAAGGCCAUGCAGAGGCGGGUGCUUGAACUGAUCCCCCGCGUUCUCAACGAGCAGCUGACGGAGGAGUUGCUCAUCGUCAACGAUAACCUCAACAACGUAUUCCUCCGCCACGAACGGUUUGAGCGGUUCCGGACCGUCCAGUCUGCAAAGGUCCCAAGCGAGGUGGAAUGCGCAACCAGUCUGAUUGACAUGGGACCCGGUUUGGCCGCAGCAAGUAACCAGUCGGAAGCCCCCGGCAACCUCUCCUCUCAGCUGGCCGGCAUGAACCUGGGCUCGGACAGCGUCAGUGCGGGACUGCAGUCCCUGGAGCCUCCCGCCAAGCUGGAAGAAGAGUUCGACAUGUUUGCCUUCACCCGGAGCAGUUCACUGGCCGAUCAACGCAAAGAAGUAAAGUAUGAAGAUCCGCAAGCCACCGACGGGCUGGCCGGAGCCCUGGAUGCCCGUCAACAGAGCACGGGAGCGAUGGAAGGCAGCCCCGAACACAACCUCAAUAACUGGAUGGUGAAACAAGGAAUGAUACCAGUCACUCAAGCCUGCCUCAUGGAGGAUAUUGAACAGUGGCUGUCCACUGAUGUGGGCAGUGAGGCGGAGGACUCUCAAGGAGUCACCAGCGAAGGUAAAUUUGAUAAAUUCCUGGAAGACCGGGCAAAGGCCGCCGAAAGGCUCCCUAACCUCCCCAGCCCCCCGGCCGGGCCGCCCAGCCCCCCGCCCAGCUCCGCUCCCCGAAAGAAGCAAAAGGAGAAAGAAGACGACGCUCUGUUUGCCUUAUGAACCCUCGGGGCUAGCGUGCCACCGGGCAAGUGGACUGGCCACACCUUCCCUUUCUCCUGCCAGGCUGGAGUGGGGGAGAUCAAGGAGGCCUUGGUACCCCCCUGCUUCUACCUCCAGGCUUAGGCUGCUUUGGGGUGAUUUAUUAUUGAUUAUUGGAUUUGGGACGAAAUGGGUCAGACGUGGGAAGUGGGGAGGUGGCGGGGCUGCAGGUGGGGGUGGGGCCGGGGCAAGGUGGGGUUUGUGGGAGCAGGAUGCCCCCCCCCCUUUUUCCUCCUUCUCCUCCUCCCCCACCCGCCAGUACCCCCAGAACAUCCUCCCUGAGAAUCCGUUGCAGCUGUCCCCGGUUUCUCUCAUCUCCACCGACUGGUUUAUCACCGCUAUGACCCCGUCCUCUCUCAGAGCAGUUCUUCUCCACGUAUACCCUCCCGUCCCCCCCCGACUUCCCUCACCUUCCUCCACAUCUGGGUGUCUGGAGGGGAGGGGAAUUCUCAUGGCGGGGUGGGGGCACGGAAGAGGACAGGGAGCUUGCGGUGUAGAGUCAAGACCACGGUCCCGGGCUGCUCCAACAUAAUCGGGGAUUAGGCUGUUUCCCCCCCACUGCCCAAACCCUCGUUCCACCUCCGUCAGGCAUCCAGAUCUGGCCCUCCGACCUCCCCGCUGGGGACUAGGCCCUUAACCCGGUCGCCGCCAGUCCCUUCCUCACUCCAGGAAUCGACGACGACUGUCCAGGACUCCAUUUCCCCCGCAGAGCUGCACGUUGUCCAGGUACCAGGCUAGGUGAAGAAAUGGGUAGGCAGCCCCUCGCACCCUGUAAUGUCAGCAGAAACAUCCCAGGAGCCUCAAGGCAGGCACUUUUCAAGCUUUAACGCUAAACAGGGUAGGCUUCUUCGCCCCUCUCUUGGUUCUGCUCUCUUCCCCCGUCACCACCCUGCUUCCCCUUCCCUGGUUUUGGCUGGUUGUCUUUCUCCCCACCUCACCUCUUCUCCUGGAAAAGAGGCCCUGAAAUGGGGAGCUUGAGACGUUGGGGUGAACCCCUUUAAGAAAGGAACGGGGUAAGGGCCCGGCCGGGGCGAGGCUCGGAGAUUUGCUUUUCGUAUGACAAAUUCAAUAGUAAAAACCCAUUAAAGUUUGGAAAGAUGC